AUGAAGGUGACUGCUAUAAUCUUGAUUUCAUUGUUUUCUUUCUUUAAUUUGAAUAUAAUCAUGUUGGAAAGAACUCGAAGUGCAGUCCUAUGGCGAAAUGAGCCCCAAAAACGUCUAGAUGACCUGAAGAAUACUCUUCAGAGCUACUUUAGUCAAGUUAGUGACAAAGCUCGAGACACUAUUGACCAUAUUGAUAACUAUGAGUUUGGCAAGCAGCUAAACCUAACAAUUUCAGAGAGCUUGGGGAAACUCAACGGAUAUGUUACAGAACUGCAAAGGAUUGUGUCUCCUAUGUCGGAUGAAAUUCGUCAGAGGUUGCAAAGCGACAGAUUGCAGCUGGAGAAGAAGAUUCAGACGGACUUGCAGGAGUUCAAAGUUAAAGUCCUUCAGUAUGCCAGUGACCUCCGCAGUAGGGUCAAUCUUAGUGUGGAGCCAUCCCAGUUUAUGCUAGAACCCAUGGCCAGCAGCAUACAGGAGCAGGUUCUUCAGAAUGCGAAAAGUCUCCACCAAAGGCUGACCCCUUUAGCUGAGGAGAUCAAGGCAAAACUUCAGUCCAAUAUGAAGGACUUUAAAAUGAAUAUUGCACCAUUUUCUGAAACUGUUCGUGAGAGACUGGAUGCUCAUCCUUUUACCAGCAAACUGAGUGAAAACCUUGAUCAAAAGCUGGAAGAGAUGAGACAGACAUUCACCCUUCUGGUUGAGAACUUCCAAAAACAUCUCAGCCCAUAUGCUGAAGACCUUAAAAGCAAAUUGACCUCUCUGUGGGACAGACUCCACCAAAACAUUAAUGAAGGAAACUAA